CUCUCAGGCUCGAAAUAUAUUAUUGGGCCUAGCCCUGAAAGGCUUUGUUAUAUAAUAUGUUCUGCAUGGAAGACCAAUGCCUUCAUUAAUCAUUCCUUCAUAUCGACAAACACCAAACCCUAGUUAUGUUUUCUCGACAACAUUCAUCCAUGGAAGACGACGUAAUACCUGAAAAUCUCAUCCUCGAAGUUUUAUCAAGACUUCAUGUGAAAACAAUCAUCCGCUGCAAGUGCGUGUGCAAAAAGUGGCGUGAUCUUGUUUCCGAUUCUUACUUUGUUCAUCUUCAUCUCUCCAGAUCGCGUGAGGCCGCCCUGAUGAUCCUUACCACUACUAGGCCAGGAAUAUUAAAGUGGGUAGAGCUCGGACACGAAGUUGAAAACCCGUGCGUGCGUGUGAAGUGGCUUGAUCUUAUGGGUUGUGCUCCUGUAGCUGAUUACUACCAAACUCUAGUGGGCUCAGUAAAUGGUUUGAUAUGCUCCUUUCAAUUCUCCAACGAAGACGACCAGCAGGUAGUCAUAUUCAAUCCUGUGUUGGAAGAACACAUGAUCCUCCCUCAACCGCGACAAGAUUUGAGCCAAUUAGGUUAUGGUUUCGGAGUUUCAAGGGGAGGGGAAUACAAAGUGAUCCGGAUUUGCGCUAGAAUAUCCUCGACUCCAAAUCUGUAUGACGAGGAUAAGAUCGAGGCGGUUGAGAUCGAGGUUUACACCCUUGGCACUGGUCAAUGGAGAAUUUUGGGACAAACCCCUUUAAACCUUAAUUUAAAGCCUGGGCCAAAUAGUGGUGUAUUUGUGAAUAGUCACGUGUAUUGGCUUGGGGAUGACCAAAUUUACGAUUUUGAUUUGAAUACAGAGACAUUUGAGUUAUUUCCAUCUCCUCCGGGGGAUAACCGAGAAUCGGAGAAAAUGUUGGGAGUUCUGAAAGGUAGGUUAAGUCGAGUUUCUUGGUGUUCGUUAGGAUUGGAGGUUUGGGUGAUGAAGGAGGAAUCUUGGUCUAAAGAGAUAACUAUCCAAGAAGAUAUAUGUCAUUUGUCUGGUUAUGGAUUUCGUCCCGUGUGUCUCUUUGAUGGUUUAAAAGGUGCUAGUAUUUUGAUGGCCAGCCUUGAAGGUCCAUACGAACUGAUAGUGCAUUGUCUUACAACGAAUACAAAUCUACACUUAAAGAUAAGAUAUUACGGCGAUCCGAUAAGGACUUAUAGUCCUAGCUUUGUUAAACUCAGCAGCUUUGGAUUGGAGAGAGUUGAUGCCAUGUACGGUAGGGAGUCAAGGAAAGAAUAUGCUCUUGGCAGGUGGUAAACUGGUAAUUAAGUCCAAACACAUAUAUAAAAUUUGGGUAAAAUGACAUUAGUUAUGUCUGAUUGUUUAUUCUCUUUUCCUUCUUUUGGCUGGAUGUUGCAUUUCUACCAAUCAUUUAUUUCAUACAUUUUAAAUACUCCUUUCAAA